AUGCAGCAUAAAUCAAGGGGCAGGGCCGUCAGAAGUCCGCAUAAACCAGGGGAGGGGAACACCGUGAUCCAUCAGCAGAGCAGAGCGGAGCAGAGCAUGGCGCCGGUGAAGGUGUUGGGGUCGGCGGCGUUCACGAACGUGGCGCGGGUGCUGGUGUGCCUGGAGGAGGUCGGCGCCGAGUACGAGAUCGUCGACGUCGACUUCCAUGCCAGGGAGCAAAAGGGCCCCGACCACCCCGCCAGAAACCCGUUCGGCCAGGUCCCGGCGUUCCAGGACGGGGAUCUCACGCUCUUCCAGUCCCGCGCGAUCUCACGCUACGUGCUCCGCAAGCACAGGACCGACGAGGUCAACCUGCUGAGGGAAGGCGACCCCAAGGAAUCGGCCCUCGUCGACGUCUGGCUGGACGUGGAGGCCCUCAACUUCGACCCCGCCAUGCGCUCGGUGUUCUACCAGCACCGCGUCGCACCGGCGCUGGGCAGGAUCCCCGACGAGAAGAUCAUCGGCGAGAGCGUCGAGAAGCUGAGGAAGGUGCUGGAGGUGUACGAGGCCCAGCUGACCAAGCACAGGUACCUCGCCGGGGAUUUCCUGAGCCUCGUGGACCUCAGCCACUUCCCCGAGACGCACUACUUCAUGGGGAUGCCGUAUGCGGCGGUGUUCGACGCGUACCCUCGUGUUAGGGCGUGGCUGGAGGAGCUGUUCGACAGGCCCGCCGUCAAGAAGGUCAUCUCGCUCAUGGCCCAAGACUUCAAUUAG